AUGGUUCCUCCGGUGCUGCGGGAGGCGCUGCUGCGCUGAAAACCCGCUGCCUUCUACAAAAACCCGCCGCGCCAAUUUUGAAGUGUUUUGAUGCGGAGCUGGAGCUUUUUCACAUUUAAAAAUGUCACAUAACAACAUGAACCCCAGAGGAAAAGGGUCUGGGGACACAACCCUGCCUCUCCAAUCCAACAGCAGUGAUGGAGAUGCCAUUAAAGUGUAUGUGCGUGUCAGACCUCUGACCCAUGGUACUGGUUUAACCACAGACAGUGAUCCGAGUUUGUGUCUAACGGUGACCUCGCCUCACACCGUCCGUCUGCACUCAAAACCUGAGCCACGAACCUUCACCUACGAUCAUGUGGCUGACAUGAACACCACUCAGGAAUCUGUGUUUUCAAGUGUUGCUAAGAACAUUGUGGAAUCAUGUAUGAACGGUUAUAAUGGCACCAUCUUCGCAUAUGGGCAGACUGGCUCUGGGAAGACCUUCACUAUGUUGGGUCCGAACGAGCUAAAUGAUUUCUCAGAUGAUCUUCGUGGCGUUAUCCCUCGCAGCUUUGAAUAUUUGUUCUUUCUCAUCAACAGAGAAGUGGAGAAGUCUUCAGGUGCUAAGAGCUUCCUGUGUAAGUGCUCUUUCAUAGAGAUCUACAACGAGCAAAUCUUCGACCUGCUGGACAGCGCUUCGGCCAGCCUGUUCCUGCGGGAGGACAUUAAGAAGGGCGUCUUUGUGGAGGGAGCUGUGGAGAAAUACGCAGCCUCGGCUGCCGAAGCCUACCAGGUGUUGUCCAUGGGAUGGCGUAACCGGCGCGUGGCUUCCACGUCGAUGAACCGAGAGUCGUCCCGCUCUCAUGCUGUUUUCACCAUGACACUGGAGUCCAAAGAAAGCGGACAGGGAGUGGUAAACAUCAGGACGUCCCAGCUCAACCUGGUUGAUCUGGCCGGGUCAGAGAGGCAGAGAGACACACAAGCUGAGGGAUCACGGCUAAAGGAGGCCAGUAGCAUCAACCGCUCCUUGAUGUGUCUGGGUCAGGUAAUAAUGGCCCUGAUGGACGUGUCCAAUGGUAGAAGCCGCCACAUCUGCUACAGAGACUCCAAACUAACCUUUCUGCUGAGGGACUCUCUGGGAGGAAACGCUAAAACCUACAUCAUAGCCAAUGUCCACCCAGGCUCCAAAUGCUUUGGGGAGACGCUCUCCACCCUGCAGUUCGCUCAGAGAGCCAAACUCAUCAAAAACAAGGCUAUGAUAAAUGAAGACACUCAGGGUAACGUGAAGCAGCUUCAGGCUGAAGUGAAAAAACUAAAGGAGCAGUUGGCGAAUGCUUUGUCUUCGCGGCACAACAUAAACGAACUGGCUCCUGGAGGUCCUCAGCCACACACAGCUCCAACUGAAACUGAGCUGCCGUAUAAAGCUCGCUUUCUUCAGGCAGUACGACUCUGGAAGAAACGUGAGGAUGAGAAAAAGGCUCUGCAGGAGAAGGUGUCCCGGAUGGAGGAGGCGUGGGCACAGAAGGAGAAGUUCAUCCAGUCUAACCGAAUGAUUCUGAAGUUCAGGGAUGACCGAAUUGCACGGCUAAAGCAAGAGCUGGAGGCAGGACAGCAAGCCGGACCACAGCGGCAGGACCAGACGUUGAUCGAGCAGCUGCUGCAGGAGAUCCGUCUGCUCCGGGAUCAGGUGGAGCACCAUCCCCGCAUGAUGUGGUACGCAGCAGAGAACUGCAGCCUAAGAGACGAGGUUCGCACACUGCGAGCUUUGGAGUCUGUAAAAAGUGCUCAGCAGGUUGUGUCUCAGUCUGCAGCUGAGCUGGAGCAGGAAUUUCAGGAGCUAAUGAAGGUGGAGGAGCCUACAGAGGCUGCAGGAGCUUCAUCAACCUAUUCCACCCCUGUCACCAUGGAAACUUUGUCCUCCGUUUCCGUUGAGAGGCUGAAGGCCCAGUUGCUGCAGAAACAGUCUGAGCUCACUUCCACAGCACAAGCGUUUGAAGAGUACAAACAGAUGAGCAAGAAGCAGCUGCUGGAGCUGGAGUCUGAGAAACGCUACCUGGACAAAUCAAACAAGCACCUGGAGAAUAUUCUGGAAGCCACUAAAGCUCACACCAAGCAGGAAGUGUGUCAGCUCAAUAAAAUUCACGCAGAAACAAUUAAGAUCUUGACGACCCCGACUAAAGCCUAUAACCUGCGGAGUCGUCUGGUGCCACUGUCCAGCCCAGAGCAUCUGAAUGGCCACUUGGAAGAGGGUGAGCUGGAGGAUAUUCACUCUGAACAGCCUCCGCCAGAGAUGAGUGAACUGGCCUGUGAGGCUCUCACUGAAGAGCUGAAGCAGAUGCAGGAUCAGAUCAAUCGGCUAAAGGGGCAGUUAGACGAGGAGGGAGCCAAAAACAUAAAGCUCCUUCAGCAAAUCAGCAAGCUGGAAGAGCAGGUCUGCACGUCGACGGAGCGGUCUGCUCGCAGAGAGGAGGACUUCAGUUCAGAGCGCAGUUCUCUGAUGGAGGAACAGCAAAAGCUGCAGGAGAAGAUUAGCGCUUUAGAACAGCAGCUCACUGAGGAGAGGACUGCAGCAGAGGUGCUGCGCAGUGAGGUGCGUGACCUGCGGCUGGUCCUAAAGUCGUCUGAUAAAGAGCUGGAGGCGGUGCGAAAGGAACAGGACGAGAGACAGAUGGAGCAGGAGAAGGAGAACACGCAGCUCUCCAGCAGCUUAAUCAGCACACAGCUACAGCUGGAUAAAGUCCGGCUGGAGUGGGAGCAGCUGCAGGAGCAGCAGCGUAUGCUGCAGGACUCGUUUGACACGCUGCAGGCUGAGUACAAGUUUGAGGCUGAUCAGUACAGCCAGCAGCUGGAGGAGAAAAUCAGACAGCAUAGAGAACAGCAAGCCCAGAUCACUGAGCUGAUGAAUUCUCUUCAGGCUGAGAGGGAGAUGAGCAGCAGUCUGAGGUCUCAGCUGAAAGCAGACAGAGAGAGCACCUCCAAAGAGUUACUACAGUCUAUGGAGGAGAAUGCUGUGCUGAAGAAGCAGAUUCUGUACCUCACUACAGAAAACCAUCAGCAGGUGGAGAACAUCAGAGUUCUUCAGCAGGACGUGAACAUUGCCACUGCCUCGGUGUCCAGCCUCGAGCAGAAAAUAGAGCAGGACAAAACUGUGGUGCUGGAUCUGAUGAAGCAGACUCGUGAUCUGAGGUCUGAGCUGGGAGAGAAAGAACAGAGUCUGUCCCUGCUCACCGCUGACUUCAGUGACAUCACCGUGAAGUAUGCAGCAGUGUGUUCAGAGCGAGAGGAGAUGAAGACGCAGAUCUCUCACAUGAAGAUAGAGCUGCAGGAUCUGAGAGAAGCUUCCGAUAGACGUAUCGCAUCGGAACGUGUUGAGUUGGAGCUGAUGCAGGAGGACCUGGCGUAUGCUACAGAGGAAGUGGAGAGGCUGAGUAAAGCUCUAGAAGAACAGACUGCGUCUCUGCAGAGAGCUGAAGUUCUGAGCACUGAAAGAGAGACGACUAUACACACAUUGCAGGAACAGCUGAAGCAGCGGGAGGAGCAGAUGAAUGUAAGGAAUGAAAGUGUUGUUCUUGCAGCUGCUACACCUAAAACAAACCCACGGACACCAUGCACUCCACAUAGCUUUAACACACAGCUGUCCCAGGUGCUGGAGAGCCAAGAGAGGGAGCUAGAAAGCAGGCGCUCCUCCAUGAUGACUAUGGAGGUGCUGCUGGCUGAGCUCAGUGCAGAACGCACGGCCAAAAAUGAAGAGAUCCAGAGACUGAAGGUUCAGCUAAAUGAGAAGGAGGAUGUGCGCAUGGAGAUCCAGACUCUGCUGGAGCACUUCUACAGCACACAGAACCAGAAGACCCUGAGCAGCAAUGCUACAGAAAACCUAAAGGAGGCCAUCCACCAGUCUGUUCUUCGAGAAUUACGAGAAGAGAGAAGUGCCAAGAAUACUCUGAUGCAGCAGCUGGUUGAUGCUCAGAACUCGGUUGGAUUGGUCAGUCUGCAGAAUAAGGAGAUAACUCUGGCCCAGUCUCAGACGUGUGUGCAGGAGCUGACCUCUGAGCUCAGGAACCGCUGUCUGGAGCUGCGGGAGCUGAGGCUGAAAGACCAGGAACAGGAAGAGCUCUUAGCAGAGGUGGAGGUGUUGAGGAAGCAGGUGGACCACCUGGCAGAGGAAAACGGUAAACUGCUCGGCCACCAGAACCACAAACAGAAGAUUGAGUACAUGGUCCGUCUGAAGAAAGAGAUUACUAAACUGCAGGAGGAGAACGAGAAGCUGCGGCAAAAAAACGUGGCCUAAUAACCAAACUUCUACCCAGAGUUCAUCAGUCGAACCUUUAGCUGAACAUUUCAGAAGACUGUAGUGGUGCAGUCAGACUGCAGGAACACUCGCCCUAAACAGCUGAUUUCAAUCAUUUUCAGGUUAACAGUUUUUAAUGCAAAGGAUCCAAAAACGGACAGCAGGAUUUAACCUCCUUGGACAGUGUUAAACUGGUACACUCUGACCUGAACAUUAAGACUGAACACAGGGAAAUAUGAACUGUGUUUUUUUGUCCAGUUGUGUAAGGUGAAUGAGUGAGUGUGUGUGAAUGUGUUUUAGUUAGUGCAUGAUAAGGAAAUGUGAAUGAUAAGGAAAUGUGAUGUCUAUAAACAUUCAGCACUGUUGAUAUAAUUGUUUGUUCUACUUUUCCUUGCAUAAGCAGUAGAUUUAUGUAAAAACUACUCAGCAAUAGACAGGUUUUUUAAUGUAAAUAUUUCAAUAUUUUCAAUAUUGAGGCAGCUUAAUCAUUUUAAACUUGGUCAGUCUGUUAACUUGAAAUUCGUCAGCUGGUUUCCAGAUUUUUUUUGUGGGUAUUACUUGUUUUCUGGGCAUAGAUUUUAAAAGUGCUGUACUGUUUUCUAUGUUUCCAUUUCUUUUCUCACAUUUAUUCACUUUACAAAUUAUGGUGCAAAUACACUAUUUAAAAGAAAAAGCUCACGGUUGGUGCAGUUAAAAUUAAAUGAUGUAUUCGCUCUUGCUGAUGUACUGUAGGAACAUGGAACUACCCAAGCGAGUAGAGAUUCAAAGGCUGAUUUGGGGCUAUAUUUUAAAUAUUAUUCUCUGACUUGAUUCUGUAUUUUGUCCAUGAUCUUUUCUGUCCUACCUGUGCCCCCCCCCCCCCCUUCUCCCCCUCCUGUAAACAUUUGUCCUUUAAUCUUCUUGUCUGAAUACAUAUGGAAGAGUUUUUUUUUCUCUGAUAUUUUUGUGAAUAAAAUCAUUUUCCAAUC